AUGUGCCUUGUGAGAAGUUUUGUGAUUAAUACUCGGCUUAAUUUUGGCAAGAAAAUAUAUUUUUUCCCAAAAGUGGCCCCACUUAAUUUUGCAACAAAAUGCGAUCCUUUAUACUUUGCAAACAGAAACAGAAUUUUUGGAAAUGUGCAAAGAGAGCUCUCAUUAUUUAAUAGAGGAACACAAAUAUCUCGACCUCCGCAAGACUAUCCGCUAAAUUCGAAAUAUGAACGGUUUAAAAGUGCCGUUCCCUUUUAUCAAAAGCGAAUAUUUUGGGUAUAUUUUGGUGGGGUGGGGGCAUUUACCGGUAUUUACUAUAUGACUCAUUUGGAAACAGUUCCAAUUACCAACAGGCGACGUUUUCUGGAUGUUACACCAAAACAAGAAGAAUAUAUGGCACAACAAGCAUAUAGACAAAUUAUGAAUCAAUAUCAAGGUCAUAUUUUACCUUCGUGGGAUAAUCGUACUAUAUUUGUUAGGAAAGUGGCAGAGAAACUCAUAAAAGUUAGCGGAAUGCAAGGCGAUCAAAUUUUAGAUUUGAAAUGGGAAUUCCAUGUCAUAGAUUCACCCGAAAGGAACGCAUUCGUCUUGCCUGGAGGUAAAAUUUUUGUUUUCACUGGAAUUCUGCCAAUUGUGGAAAAUAAAGAUGGCUUGGCAGCUGUUCUGGGACAUGAGAUUGGUCAUCAAAUCGCACGCCACAGCGCAGAAAAAUUUUCAUUUCUCAAAAUUCUUCUCAUGGGUCAAAUUCUCCUUAGCAUAUUCAUUGAUUCCGGUUUUCUCAGUCGGCUCUUCAUCGAUCUCGGAAUACUUUUGCCUUUUUCUCGGAAAUGUGAAAUGGAAGCUGAUUACAUUGGUCUUCUUCUAAUGGCUCAAGCCUGUUUUAAUCCCGAGGAAGCGAUAGGAGUGUGGGAAAGAAUGAAUAGAUAUCCGAAAACUGUACCACAAUUUUUGAGCACUCAUCCAAACCCUGAACACAGAAUAAAAAACAUACGACAGUGGAUGCCCGAAGCACUGCAAAAGGUGAAUGAGAGUGACUGUGUUAACGAAUACGAAGGUUUCAGAAAGAUCACAGACCAAUUCAGACCACAAUGGGUUGUUUGGUAG